CCCCGUUUCAAGCCUGUUUACGCCGACUACAUUGUGUAUGAGCAGCACCGUCACGAGUUCAUGAACCAGCCUCGCGCAAGAGCAGCUGUUCUUCACGGUGGACUCAUAUGGCGGCUGGCUUUACAUAGUCUUGGGUUCGAUGUUCUCCCCUCCGUUCUCGACGGCAUUUCACGGGAAGCGGUACCAUUUGGCCUGAUGCUGGACAUUAAUGGCCAGACUUAUUUUGAUGAUGAGCUGUCCGAAGAGGAGGUAGAUUUCAUGUGUGGAACAUAUUAUGUGCAUAACAAGGAUGGGAAUGUGGAAAUCGUCUCUUGGUGGCCUAGACCCCAGGCGUGGGCUGCCUCAGGGCUGAACGUGGGGUUCUGGUCUAGUCGAUGUGAAUCUUGGUUCCAGUUACGCCUGGGCAACAUUCGACAGGGUGUUUCACGAGAGCGUCAUAAAUUCACUAAUGAUGCCAACGGUCCAAUGACCGGUAAGCAGUGGAAAGGCUCACUCAAGUUCAAUCCGGGUACCAGCAAAAUGAUGAAAAACGUCGAUGCAGCAUGUUGCAGUUUUCUUGCUACUGGUAAGAAUAGUUGUUACUUGCGCAUCUCUGAUUCUGAUCUCCUGCUUAGCUUUCACAGAGGCUUAAAGCGAUUCGAGUUAUGA